AUGAAUUUAAGCGGAAGAUCAGGUAAAGUUGCAACACGUGGCCAGAGACAAAUUUAUGAAGAAAACAAAACUGUGAUAUUAUAUUACUCAACUGCUGCCGUAUUUUCCUCGGCUUUCUACAUAUUGGUUUCGUUAUUUUUCUUCAGACGACCAGUGUGGCAAUGGCUUGGAUUUUCGAUUUGCUGUGUGUUUCAAGUUGCAGCCAUUCUACUUAUGCGUUCUAUGGCAGUAUGCCGUCGUAACGAGAGGGGACAGAUAAUAGAUGCUGGUUUAGACCUGAAUCAGCCAGAUGCUUUUGGAGAAUACUGUAAGGAUGUGGUAAUUUUAUGUUCAUUCAUUGCAACAGCAGCUACCAUUUGGCCCAUUAUUUUAUGGUUCUUGUUAUUGAUUCCGGCCUAUGUAUUGUAUAAGCUAUGGAAACUGAUCAUUGCACCAUGGUUUUUCGCAGAACCACCAGAGCAAGAAGAAGAAAAAAAGAUAAAAAAACGGGAAAGGAGGCUUCGCAAAACAUGA